AUGGCGGCGAAAGCCAGUACACAACGAGGUAAACGACGUCUAUUUCGUGUCAACGGCACGUGGCAGCUCCGCGGGGUUCGACGAUGGCUUCAGCACACCAUAUACUUUCUCGAACGACUCUUGUUCGCUAUGCACUCAACAUACGGACCCGUCAGUCGUGGUACCGAGAUCACCGCUAUUCGAUUUCGUAAUGGCGCCACGGCCGAUCGCAACUUUUUCAUCAUCGACGGCAGUGCUUGCAUCAUCACCCGCUACCACAAGUCCCAGCAACUCUUCGACACUCCCAAGGUCAUUCCACGUUUCUUGCUGUGGCGGACGCAGAAUCUCGACCCGAGUGACCAUCUCUGGCACAAUGACAAGGGCCCGUGGGAAACCGACCAAUUAACGCGGGUCAUUAAGCGCGAGACGGCUCUCGGACUCGGGCAUCGAUUUAACACGCUGGACUUUCGACACAUCGCCAUUGGGUUUGGCCGAGGCUCCAAGGACGAGGUGGGCGAGAUCGAGGAACCGGAACAGGAAGGUGAGGAUCCCAUCGAGUUACAGAGUGGACGGACGGAAGCCAUGGGCGCGUCACGAUAUGUCGUCCCCGCGGACAUCAUCAAGCACUUGAGUGUACGCUCGUUGGACACAUUUCGACCAUUGAGCGAGGGCUGGCAUCGAUUUCUUGGCUUGGUCAGUGUGCGUUCGCAGAUGUGGGAGAAGACUCUGGUCACGCCGGCUCGACCAUCGCCCGUCGUAGGGUCCAGCGCUCACACCAUCAGCCACACGGCCACGCAUAAACGACACGGUCGAUCGUCAUGGGAGGUGUCGAGUGAGAAGCAACGGCCCCGUUGGCGUGCUUUGUUUGACGACGAGGCCGGGAGUGCCGGUCCGAGCACCACUUCGUUCGCUUCUCUGUCGCUGCCCCCCGCGUCUGAACGGGCCACGUCCGCCGUCCCCGUGGCCGCGUCGUCGAGUGAGAUCGAGGGAGCUAUGCAUCGAUUGUUUGGCGACGGGCCCGUGGGAUUUCAUUCCCGUGAACAGGAGGAAGGGGUCCGCGCGGUGUUGAACGCCGAAACCCCCGUGACCGUGGUACUGCCGACCGGCGGAGGGAAAACGCUACUGGCCAUGCUGCCCGUCGUGCUCGAGACGCGCGGGGUCAGCAUCUUCAUCGCCCCGUUUCGAGCGUUGGUGGACGACAUGGCGCGUCGAUUGCGCGCGGCCGGCAUUGAUUGUUUCGAGUGGCACCACGGCGAGAACAAUCCCGCCCGUCUGGUGAUCGUGAGUGCCGACGCCGCGGUCACGCCCGCAUUCAGCACAUACUGUCGGGUUUUGAGAGACAGCGAGCUGUUGCGGCGUGUGUUUGUCGACGAAUGCCACACCACAUUCACCGACAGUCAUUGGCGGGCGAAGCUGUCCCGUCUCCGUCACGUGCGCGAGUUGGGGUGCCCGACAUACUUACUCACCGCCACGUUGCCCCCCCGUCGCGUGUUCGAGUUGGAAGAGAGUAUGGCCGUCCGACUCACGCGCAUUAUCCGUGCAUCUACCAUCCGACCGGGUCAUCGCUACUGCGUUCAGCACUGCCGUCCCGGCGAGCUCGAGUCGACCGCGCUGGAGGUGUGUCGUCGACGGCAGGAGCACUUACUCCGUGCACGGCAGAAAGGCGUGGUGUACUGCUUGUCGCGGGCCCAGUGCGAGGAGAUGGCCGCGGGGCUCGACUGCGCCCACUACCACGCCGGGGUGGUCGAUCGCGCCGAGCGACUCGAGCGUUGGGUGCAGCGAGGGGGGUUGAUCGUGGCCACGUCGGCGCUCGGUACGGGCGUGGACAUUCCGGGCAUCGUCUUCGUCUUGCACAUCGACAUCCCGUGGAGUAUGAUCGACUUUGCCCAGGAGAGUGGUCGCGGUGGACGAGCCGGUGAGACGGUGGACUCGUUGGUUCUCGUGACCCAGCGCGCCGCCGAGGUCCGUCUUCAGCGUCGCCAUCUCGACGUCGAAGCCCAGGUGAUGGCCCAGUUCGUCAACAGCCGCACAUGUCGUCGACGAGUGAUGAGUGAAUAUCUCGACGGGCCGACACUGGCACGGUCAUGUGUCGACGACGCGGAGUGGGUCCGUUGCGAUCGUUGCGGCGAAGGUGAGCAUGAGGUCCGUACUCGUACCCGGCAGGAUGAAGAGGAGCGACGGCGAGUGGAAGAGGCAUUAACCGAGAUGACGAUCGGAUGCGUGUACUGUUGGUUCUCGAGCCGUGACGGUCGCGAUUCGAGCCACGGAACGCAGGAUUGCCCAUGGACAUCGUGGAAUCGUGGCGACGUGGAACGGUUUCGCCAGCAGAUCCGUUACGCGGCCAACAGUCACAGUUGUCAUCGAUGUGGCGUCAGCCAAUAUCUCUGCGCGACGGGGGUCGAGGUGUCGCGGGCGUGUCAAUGGCCGGGGGUGGUGGUGCCGAUCUUGUUCUGUGCGAUGCACAGCGAGUCCGGGUUUAACGAGGUUCAGAUUACCGGGUAUCAGGGCGAGUAUCUUGAUCUCGCGGUGUAUAGUCAGUGGCUUGGACAGCGGCACUUUCAACGGAUUUGGGGUGAGAAUAUGAGUAAUGGUAUGGCGGUGAUACGGCGUCUUAUUCUAUUUGGGAUAGAUGAAUAG